CUUUUGCAGAUUCCUGUGCCAAAAACUGACGUGCUCAUGGAGCUGUGUGAUUCCGCUCGCCCCGAUCUACCUGGGCGCUGAUGGUGAAGAGCUUUGGACUGCGACUUCGACCAAUUGGCGCCAGCUCGCGACGAAGGUUUUUUUCCCCGAGAGUUGGGUGUAUUUUUCUGCUUUGCUUCUGCGACACUCCAAAGCGUUUGAUCACAGAAGUGGGCUUUGUGGCGGGCUCAUUCAUCAAUGACAUUUAUACACGCCUGCGACGCUUUGUUCUUCUUGCCAGCUUCAUUCUGGUGGAUACUGGUCAAGCCUUUGUGACUGAUUGGGCUGAGAGACGCACAGCCUCUGAUGUUCAAAGCAGCGGCAGAAGGUAUGUGCGGCAAACUGUUUUGGUGUUCGAGGCGUGCUUGGCCAUUGUCUUGGGCUUAUUGAUCCAAUGGCUCAGUGGAGGUCUUGCAGCUGUCCAACAGUGCUUCAAUUUCAAUCAAUUCCUGGAAUUUGCACCAAGUUGCUUGUUCUUUAGCGUUGGAUUAUCUUUAAAGAUGAGGGCCGUAGCGUAUCACAAUGCUGGCACCAUCAAGAUCUUUGGUCAGCUCCGGAUGCCAAUGACUGCGAUCUUGUCGACAAUUUGUUUGGCAAGGCACUAUGACUUUGUCCAGUGGCAGGCAAUUGGCAUCAUCACUGUGAGUUGCUUCGCUUACAUGCAUAUGAAGGAGCAGGAUAAGCUGGAUGGAAAGCUGACACUCACCUGUGGGCAUGGCCUUCUGUUGUGUUGGGUAUUGUUAAACUCAGCUGGUGGUACUUUGGCGGAGUGGGUAUACAAACGUGGAGAACUGGACUUUUUUGCCAAGUUCGUUGCAGAGGACUUUGGCUAUUUGGUCAUUAACUCUUUCAUUUUGAUUCUCAUGGCUUUUUGUGAUCCGAACGAGAACUUCUGUGACCGAGAACGGCGGCCGGGUGGAUUUUUUUGAUGCUUGGGACCGGCGCACUGUGGCAUUGGUGUUCAUGCUAUUGCUGGACGCAACUGUUGGAAAUCUACUUCUACAUGAAUUCUCUGCUUUGACCAAGUGCAUCACAAAAGGCUUUUGCGUGGCAAUGGUGUACUUGAUGUCCUUGACCUAUCGGGAUGCCAGACAUUCUGCAAAGUCUGCAUUGAGCUGGUUUGCCAUCCUCGUGAUCCAGUCCUCAUUCUUGUAUUCGACCUUGCCUGGCGAUUGAGAGCGCCUUAUGCAUACGACGUCAUACGACAUACGGGCAUACAACAGCAUACCCUGAUUGAUCUGCACAUAGAGUACAGAGCGAGAACCAAAAGGCCAACCAGUUGAAGCUGAGAAUGCAAUGUGGACAUCUCCGCAGAGAGAACUCUUCCUUGCUCCAACGAGCGGUGUGUCUCAUCUCACGUCCAACAGCCGUUUGAAAGCGAUUUUCUGUGAGGCGGAGAGGAA